AAAUUCGGGCCGGGCAAACUGAAUUUUCACUUCGACUGGUCGUUGGACUGAAGGAAGGCUACCGGAGAUCUCGUUGCUCAGCCGCCUACAAUCCGAAUCCGAAACCGAAACGUCUGUUUGUAGCCAGCAGCAUGUCUUCUGAUUCUCAACACUCUGAAUUGCAAAAUGGUUCACCGGAACCGGUGCCGGCAGCAGAAGCGGUGGUGGUAGCGGCGGCCGAUCCAGAUCCCGACGACUCCGAUUUGCAGUCGACUGAGGGUGCACAGUCCAGCGAAGUGCAAGUGGUUAAUGCUGAAGUGUCGAGUUCGGUGCCGGAGGAAGAAGUUUCGAACGAAAUCAGCGCUGAGGAAUCAGAGGCGGUGAAGUCGACCGAAGAUGGGAUACGCGAAUCGGAAGUGGGGAAAGAGGACGGGAAUAAGACUUUUACUAUGAGAGAAUUGCUGAACGAAUUGAAGAAAGGAGACGCCAAUGGCAAAGGUGGGAAAGAGGUUGAUACUCCUCACAGUGUUUCUAGCCAACGAACCUCAGAACAACAAAUUGAGCAGAAUAAUGCUGCUAUGGACUUGAUUAAUAGCGUCACAGGUCUUGAUGAGGAAGGUAGAUCCCGUCAAAGGAUUCUUACUUUUGCUGCCAGAAGAUAUGCAACUGCUCUGGAGAGAAAUCCAGAGGAUUAUGAUGCAUUGUACAACUGGGCACUUGUUCUUCAGGAAAGUGCUGAUAAUGUAAGCCCAGAAUCAAGUUCUCCUUCCAAGGAUUCUUUGCUUGAAGAAGCAUGCAGAAAGUACGAAGAGGCUACACGACUUUGCCCCACACUUAAUGAUGCUUACUAUAAUUGGGCUAUUGCAAUCUCUGACCGAGCCAAAAUGCGUGGACGUACAAAGGAGGCUGAGGAACUCUGGAAACAGGCAACAAAGAAUUAUGAAAAGGCUGUCCAACUCAAUUGGAACAGUCCCCAGGCGCUUAACAACUGGGGACUUGCUCUUCAGGAACUCAGUGCUAUUGUUCCUGCUCGUGACAAGCAGACUAUUGUGAAAACUGCUAUCAGCAAGUUCCGUGCUGCAAUACGGCUUCAGUUUGAUUUCCAUAGGGCCAUUUACAAUCUUGGAACUGUACUGUAUGGACUAGCAGAAGACAUAUCAAGAACUGGAGGACACAUGAAUGGAAAGGAGGCCUCUCCAGAUGAGUUAUACAGCCAAUCUGCUAUAUAUAUUGCUGCUGCACAUGCAUUGAAGCCAAAUUACUCGGUUUACACCAGUGCUUUAAAACUCGUGCGAUCUAUGCUCCCUCUUCCGUAUCUAAAGGUUGGAUAUCUGAAUGCACCGCCUGCCGGAAAUCCUGUUGCGCCUCACAAUGACUGGAAACGCACUCAGUUUGUGCUAAGUCACGAAGGACUUCAAGAGGUUAACAGAUACGAACAAAGACAUUCAUCCCCAAGCCUUUCGUCAAAAUCAGGAGAUCUCACCUCUAAACCUUCCAUAACUGUCGAUGUACAGAGCAUCGUUUCUGUGUCAGCAUGUGCUGAUCUUACACUGCCUCCCGGUGCUGGCCUGUGCAUCGACACAAUCCACGGACCCCUUUACUUGGUUGCCGAAUCUUGGGAGUCCCUGGACGGAUGGCUCGAUGCAAUUCGGCUGGUCUACACCAUUUACGCCCGAGAUACUGGUCAUCUUGACAUGGUGAUUGAAACUGCUUCUAGAGAUGCCGACAAAAGGAAGCUCCCUUCACCUUUUACUGGCUUGAUGCCUAUGGCUGAUAAUGAUGGAAAUUCGAUAAUUAUGGAGAGAUUGUCUCAGGCUCUUCGAAACUUCAAAGAUUCGAUUAGGCAACAUAUUCUGGCACAGAUUUGGGUCCCUGUCAAAAAUGCUGGCCGGUAUGUGCUCACCACAUCCGGCCAACCCUUUGUUGUAGAUCCUUCAAGUAAUGGACUUCAUCAAUACAGGUUGAUAUCUCUGUCAUAUACAUUUCCAAUUGACGGAGAGUCUGAUGGAAGUCUAGAUAUUGCUGGUCGUGUGUUUCGGCGAAAGUUGCCAGAAUGGUCACCAAAUGUGCUCUAUUACUCUAGCAAAGAAUUUUCACGUCUAAACCAUGCAAUGCAUCAGAAUGUUCGAGGAACCUUGGCUUUACCUGUAUUUGAGUCUAGUGGGCAAUCUUGUGUUGGUGUGCUUGAGUUAAUAAUGACCUCCCAGAAGAUCAGCUACGCUCAAGAAGUCGAUGAAAUCUGCCGAGCACUUGAGGCAGUGAAUUUGAAAAGUUCAGAGAUAUCGAGUCAAAACAUACAGCAGAUACGCAAUAAAGGUAGGCAAAUUGCAUUGGCUGAAAUUUUGGAGAUAAUUACAGUGGUUUGUGAAGCGCACGCGUUACCACUAGCUCAGACUUGGGUUCCUUGCCGGCAUCACUCCAUUCUCGUCAAUUGUGGUGAUCUAAAGGAACCAUGCAGUAGCUUUGAUGGGAGCUGCACAGGGCAGGUCUGCCUUUCGACAACUGACGUGGCUUUUUAUGUUGUUGAUGCUCAUAUGUGGGGUUUCUGUGAGGCAUGUGCAGAACAUCAUUUGCAGAAGGGGCAAGGUGUUGCUGGCAGAGCAUUUGCUUCCCGCAACUCAUGCUUCUGUCCAGAUAUAACUAAAUUUUGUAAGAUUGAAUACCCGUUGGUACAUUAUGCAAGGAUGUUUGGGUUGAGAAGCUGCUUCGCAAUUUGCUUACAGAGUAACUACUCUGGAAAUGACAACUAUGUUCUAGAAUUCUUUCUGCCGCCUAACAUUGAAGGCUACAAUAAUCAGCGUGCCCUGUUGAACUCCAUUCUGGUGACAAUGAAACAACAUCUUGGAAGCCUAAGGAUGGCUUCUGGAGAAGAUCUUGACAAUGAAUGGAGACCUAGAGAGAUCAGUACAGUAUCCAUGGAUGACGAUCUUGAUCCGGGCUCUAACUGUGCUGCUUCAUUGGGUAAUCAAAAUGUUAAAAGGUAUGAUGAUCAGAACACCACACUCAACUCCUUCUCAAUGGUGCGAAACCUCCGCGACUCGAUGGUUUUGUCCAAAAAUGACCUUGAUCUUGUGUGGAGGUCCAUUGAUGGAAAGCUUGAUCAAAGACCAUGUUUGGUUGCAAUGCCUGCAACUAGCUCUGCUCCCAUUGAUGCUCAAAAUAGAAGAUCUGUUACUGCAGCUACUCACACGCAAAAAUCACCCAAGAGAAAGGGAGGGAAGGCAGAAAAAGCUAUUAGCUUGGAGGUUUUGCAGCAAUACUUUUCUUACCCUAUGAAGGAUGCGGCGAAGAUUCUUGGGGUUUCUGCUUCUACACUAAAGCGUACCUGUAGAUGGCAUGGAGUUUCUCAAUGGCCCGCCCGGAACAUAAAUAAGGUUAACCGCUCACUUUCAAAGCUAAAGAAAGCAAUCGAAUCUGCACAAGGCUUUGAAGGAACGUUCAACCUGACUUCGUUUUAAGAAAUGA